AUUUACAGGCACACAUACACACAGAAGCCUCUGCUACCCCCAUCCACCGACACUAAGAGGAGCAGCCCUGCAGAGGGACGCUUCAUUUCAGCCUCAAACUUCGCGCAAAGGGGGAAGAAGAAAAAAUAUACAGUAAUAAAAACUGUGGAUUAUAUUUGAGUUUUUCUUAAAUAGGUUCUCAGAAUCGCUGCGCGGACGUGAACCGUGGGGGUCUCUCUCUCUCUCUCUCUCGUUUCCUGCGUGGCUUUCCAACUCCACUCUGCCGUGGAAAGCUUCAGACGUGGAUUUGUUCCCUGGUUCCUCUACGGACAGCAGACACCGUCGGCGGCACUGUGAGCGCUCCGAUCAGGGACUUUGUGGAUUAAUAAAGAAAUAAAGAUCCAGCUCUGAUAUUCAUGGGAUAAUGAGGCCCCAGGAUCUCCGGUGUCUACAGCCGCAUCCUCUCCAUGCUGAUAGAGAUUUCUGACUGUAGAAUAAUCUGCACCGAGAGGCUUUUUUUUUUUUUUUUUUUUUUUUUUAAGGACCAGAUCCGCAGAUCGGGGUUACGCACGGCUCGGUUUCUGAGCUGCUAGACUAAAACGCCGGAUGAGAUGGUGAUUUAUCCCCGUGGGACGAGCUGACUGUCCCGUGAAACCUCCCCGACUGUUUCCCCCCUCUGAUCUGAGUCUGCAGGAGAAGGAGACGGAGACUGGCGCAUGCUACAGACUUCCUGCGCUCAUCCAGCUCCCAGCUUUUCCAUCGUAUCCUCUCAGGCUGCUUGUCACUGCCUGGACUCGGAUCCCGGAAUCUUCAUGAUUUGCGGACACCAUGCUCGUUUUUUAGCCGGGAAACCCUCUUCUUGUCCCGCAUGUUUAGGACCAAACGAUCGGGGCUCGUCCGGCGACUCUGGAGGAGCCGUGCGCCCGUGGAGGGCGACGGGGAGGCGGACAGAGGGACGCAUGGCUCCACGGGGGGCUGCUGCAUGGGAAAAGCGGCAAAGGUGGCCAAGUCUAACGACGCCGGGUCGGAGGCUGAACUGAAGGCGCUGACCCACUCGGUGCUGAAGAAGAUCAAGGAGAAACAAUUGGAGGUGCUCCUGCAGGCGGUGGAGUCAAAGGGGGGCGCGCGGAGCCCCUGCUUGCUCCUACCCAGCAAAGUGGACACCAAAGUGGGUCAGCAGUCUUACUCUCUCCCCAUGCUGCUCUACAAAGUGUUCAGGUGGCCGGACCUCAGGCAUUCCUCGGAGCUGAAGAGGCUGUCUUGCUGUGAAUCCUACGGGAAAAUAAACCCGGACCUAGUUUGCUGCAACCCGCACCACAUGAGCAGGCUGUGUGAACUCGUGGUGAACUGCAGCCCGAGAGCCCAGGGCAAGGCGUGCUGGCAACCAAUGAAAGAAAGGGCCCAGGCCGUGCCUGUGCAUCUCGUUAAGGAGACCGCAGCAGCAUGGGCCUCAUCCGGACGGGCCAACGGACUUCAUUCUUCAUCGUCAGCAUCUUCAUUAGGCAUUGAUUUCACCCGAGUGAUUGACGGCUUCGCAGCUGCUGCUUUGCUGCCGUCUCCCAUCACACACAGGAACACGCUCAGUGCUAACUCAGAGUCUCUCUUUCCAUCAGAUUCUCCAGACUCUGGGCCUUCAUCCAGUGAUACUGGGGGAACGACGUACUCGGCCCCUGUGGGGCUUUCAGAUUCCCUGGCGUUGCAGGAGUCAGGAGAGCCGACCCACUGGUGCGUGGUGGCGUACUGGGAGGAGAAGACGCGCGUCGGACGCCUCUACUCGGUCCAGGAGCCCUCUCUAGACAUCUUCUACGAUCUACCUCAAGGGAAUGGCUUCUGUCUGGGCCAGCUUUGCUCGGACAACAAGUCCCAACUGGUUCAGAUGGUGCGGGCCAAGAUCGGCUAUGGUAUCCAGCUGACGCGCGAGCCAGACGGGGUGUGGGUGUACAACCGCAGCUGCUACCCCAUCUUCAUCAAGUCGGCCACACUGGACAACCCGGACUCGCGCACGCUGCUCGUGCACAAGGUGUUCCCUGGAUUCUCCAUCAAAGCUUUUGACUAUGACAAGGCGUGCAGCUUGCAAAGGCCGAACGACCACGAAUUCACACAGCAGCCUCGCACUGGCUUCACAGUGCAGAUAAGCUUUGUAAAGGGCUGGGGACAGUGCUACACCAGACAGUUCAUCAGCAGCUGCCCGUGUUGGUUGGAAGUAAUCUUUAACACGCGAUAGCAGCAGCAGGAGCCUUCCUCCUCUUCAUGCUGACCUCUUCUACACCCACUCACAGAGAAAGACUUCAUCCACUUUUCCUUUUUUGUUUUGUUGCUGAGGUUCAAAUGCAGAAGAAAAAAAAGGAACUUAGAAAAGAGAAGAAAGUUUAAAUUCUGAUGGACUUGUUUGAUAAACGACUGAGAUUUAAUUAAAAAGAAGCGGAAAAAAAUGUAUUUUAUGUUAUAUAUGAAUAUAUUAUUAAUUGUAAAUAUGAAGACGUUUUAUAUGCAUCAUUAUUUAUGUAUUGUGCAAUGUGUUGGUGAGAAGAAAAGAAGAUGCACUUUGCUUAAUAUAAAUACAAAACA